AUGGGCGACUGGAGCCUUCUGGGGAGACUAUUGGAUGCUGCACAGGAGCACUCCACGGUCAUUGGCAAGGUCUGGCUGACAGUCCUGUUCAUCUUCAGAAUCUUGGUGCUGGGAGUUGCUGCGGAGGAUGUGUGGGGAGACGAGCAGUCAGACUUCACCUGCAACACGCAGCAGCCGGGCUGCGAGAACGUCUGCUACGACAAGGCCUUCCCCAUCUCCCACACCCGCUUCUGGGUGCUCCAGAUAAUCUUCGUGUCCACGCCCACCCUCAUCUACCUGGGGCACGUGCUGCAUAUCGUGCGCAGGGAACAGAAGAAGAAAGAGAGGGAAGAGCAGCUGAAGGGAGACAGUGACCAUGGCCAGGACAGGCCCCCAGUACGGGAUGACCGGGGCAAGGUCCGCAUUUCCGGGGCCUUGCUCGGGACCUACAUCUUCAGCAUCGUCUUUAAAACACUGUUUGAGGUGGGCUUCAUCGUUGGUCAGUACUACCUGUAUGGCUUUCAGCUGAAGCCAAACUAUGUCUGUGACCGGUCGCCCUGCCCCAACACCGUGGACUGCUUCAUCUCCAGGCCCACGGAGAAGACCAUCUUCAUCAUCUUCAUGCUGGCCGUGGCCGGCCUGUCCCUCCUUCUCAACGUGCUGGAGCUCUACCACCUCGGCUGGAAGAAGCUUAAACAGGGCAUAACCCAUCCUGUUAGCCCAGACACCCCUAAAUCCAGGACGAGGGCCACAAAAGCUGACGGUGUGACCCCACCUUCCUUCCAGUAGGCUCCAUCCACCAGUGUCGUGGGGUGCCUGCCACACUGUACUCACUCUGCCUCUUCCCUGGGACAGGCUAUGACAGUCAGUCCCAGGGUCCCUUCACCAGCACAGGAGAAGGGCCACUCUGACAAAUUGUAUGACAGCAGCCACAACCUGCUAGUGGCCGAGCAGAACUGGGGGAUGGCCAAGCAACAGAUUUCUGGGAGGAAGGCCUUCCUGCCAGUGUCCACGUCUUCCUCCUUGACCCCUACAGGCAGCCCACCACCACCCCCUCGCGAGGGCAGAGCAGGCAGCAAAGAGCCUGUCCUGUUGUAGCAUGGGGACAGCACCAGCCUGGGAGACAGCAGAUUGGAAGUGACCCCCGAUGAGGGGGAGCCUGCAGUGACCCCCGAGCGGGAGGCAGCAGUGACCCCCGAGGGGGAGAUGCAUGUGCCACCUUUGCUCCCCACUGACCCCAGACCGCCAAGCAAGGUCAGCAGUUCCAGCAGCAGUCGGGCCAGACCCAGUGACUUGGCCAUCUAG